CUGCUAUCUUAACCAACCUCUGGCUAAAUCGUGGGCUUUAUGGAUCUCCACUAGUAACACUAUAACUACAUAGAUACUGGAGAUCCAUAAAGCCCACUAGCAGCUGCCCAGGCUAACGCAUAACUAACUAUUUUACACUACUGUAAAUAAUACUGAAUCUAAGACACCUGUUGAUAUUUAGCUAACGUUAGCUAGGUUUUUUUUUAAAAGUCCCUGGCUUCGUUCGGCCUCCGACAAGUCGCGCCUUUACGGAGGCCAAUCAGAAACGGUGGCGGUACAUUUGAGUCCACAAUUUUCCAUCCGGUGCACCAGCAAAGGCAUCAACACAUAAACAUCUUAAAGUCUGUUUACUGUCCAGCAAAUGACAAUGUAAGAGUGUAUGCUUUGAUUUUAAUUGUAAUUCAUGAAGUGUAUUGAUGAAUUGGCAAGUACUAGACAGGUAGCUAGAUAGCUGUUUUUUUUAGUGCAAGGUCGCUCAUGAGAGUCGUGACACAUCUAGUAGCAGAUAGCUAACGUUAGCUAGCUCAGGUGGUGACAACAAUCUGUGACUACUGCCGCGUUCAUAACAUAUCCGGCCUCAAAUACAACUGGGAACUGAGAGGGAGGGAAACCGUGUUUUGAACGGUCAUCCAACUUGGCAGUCCAAGUCUGCAACUCGUGCCUCUUUCGAGAGCUCGGAGUUUCCGACCUAAAGAUCACCGACUUCAUGAUUUUACCUGUUUAUUGUCUUUCAACUUCCCAGUUGUUUUGAAAGCACCAUCCCACAGAGUUUCUAAACCUCUUGGAUCGUACUUUCUUGCUAGCUAGCUAGUUACAGCAACAGCACAGAUUAAUACAGCCUGUAUUUCUUUGGUAACAACAUCUGUCCUACAGUCCUAGCUAGCAUCCUUAUUUCUUGAAACAUAUCCAUGUCCCACCCUGGCAGCUCAAUCCAUUGAAGAUGGAAAUGUAUGUUUCCAGCAUAAGCAAGCGUAAUGCCACAAAGACAGAUCUGAGUUUGUUGCUGGAGUGUCUGAAGUACCAGAUGAAAUGUCCUGCUUCACAGAAACAAGCUCUUUUCACCAUCUACUCCAUCUGUCAACAGAGAGAAGAGAAUGUGGACUUCUUCAGAGAGAUGGGAGGAGUGGUGUUUGUGUACAACCUCUCUAAAUCCAGUGCUCACUCAGAGGUCAGGGAGACUGCUCAGUUCACACUGGGAAUGCUGGCAGAGGCCAAUGUGUACUGUAAGCAGGCCCUGUGUAGGAGGGAGACAUUCAGUGAUCUGGCAGAGUGUAUGAUGCAGCAGGACAGUCCACUGACCCAGAGGAGAGUAGCUGUCUACCUGCUCUCUGUCCUUGUCGCCAACAACCGGUCUGGCCAGAAGUUCGCUCAGACCUCAGGCUGUCUGGAUAUCCUGCUGGACUUGUUCAGGACUAGUUUCCCUCUCUCUGGUGAGGCCACAGUGAGACCUGCUAACGUCACUCAGCUGUUCCAACUCUGGACCUCUGUGUCCAGUGCUCUCUGUGGCUGUGUCAACAACCCCCAGAAUGAGGAGAGCCAGUGUAUGUGUGUGUCAGCCUUCCCCCUGGUCAAGGGCUGGCUGCAGCAGCUCUCUCACCCCUACGCAGAGAUGGUUCAGCCCAUCUGCUCCUUUAUAUCCAUGACUGUUGCCAACAACCAUUGUGCUCAGGAUAGUUUUUCCACAGUCGGCGGGCUCGGAAAUCUGACACUCAUUCUGAUUCGCUUAGCCUCUGAUGCCUCCCACAGCCCAUUGGCCUGUCAGCUGUCUGUCAUCAUGACCAAGACCCUGUCAGCCUGCAUCAUUGACAACCCUGUGUUGGCGUCAGGUCUGGCAGGUUAUGGUUUGGUUCCUCAGCUCCACUCCCUGCUGUCCAGCCCCAGCCUGGAGCCCCAAGACAGGCUCAUUGUCAUACUCACCCUGGGACACUGCACUGAGGCCUCUGAGGAGCACCGGUCUCAGUUCUUACAGUGUGGAGGUCUGUCCCUCAUCACUCUACUGACUGAGUCUACCAGUGAAGAGCUCAGGAAGGCUGCUGCCUUCAUACUACAGACCUGCAGACAGGCUACUGUGUUUCUGCGCGGUGCGGUUCAUGGGGAGUCUCAGGGUCAGACUGCAGAGCUGGAGCCCCCUGUGGACCUGGAGGGGUACUGGAAGUCAGCACGAGACAUGCUGCACAGGAUCAACCAGCUGGAGAGACAACAGGCUCAGGGAGCGGAGGAGGAGUGGGAGGGGGUUGAACCAAGUUCCCCAGACCGACAGAACCCUGCAGAAUGGGAGAGGAAGGAGCUACUUUUACCCCUACCUCUACCCCCAUCCUUAUCCCUACCCCCUCACCACACCUCUUUACCAUACCAGGAGUGGAAUGGAGACAGGAGGUAUGAGGAAAGAGAGCGUUGGAGAGGAGUAGAGAGUUGGGGUCAAGAGAGAAGAGAGGAGGGAGGAGGAGAAGAGAGGGGGAUGUCCUGUGAACACACCCCAGUCUGGCCGGUUCUAGUGGGGAGGGGUGGGGAUGGAGAGAGAGAGGAUCUACACCAUAGAGUCCUAGAGGAGAAUCAACCCACAAACACAGGGCAGGACCUAACGAAGCGUGUAAGGAGACAGACCAGUGAGGAGCCUCAGAAACCCAGCCACAGCAGCAGAGAGAGUGAGAGGGAGAAGAGAACACACACACAAAGGCACACCACUCUGCACGUGUACACACUUGGAAACACACAACCAGAGAAGGACAGGGGCUUGGCAGCUAAGAGAAAUACUUAUCCUCUCUACACAAACACACUCACAGAGAAAGGCACAAACACAGCAUCACACACACAGACCGAGAACCGCAGAGACAAGCACCUUGGCAUGAGAGAGCAGGCUCACACACCGUCUGUGUCAGCCGUGGGCUAUGCUGGACCUGGUAGAGCUAGUGUCCCUGGGCAGCCCCGUGAUGGAGAGGAUGAGAGGUGUUCUGUAUAUCUGGGGACAGGAACACUGGUCCCUUCCUCCUCCAGUCCACUAGAAGGACACUCCCAGACACACACACACAGCCAAGUGUUCAAGUGCCCAGCUCCAGGCAAGCCAGGAAUGAGCAGGCAGAAGAAACCGUUGGAUGAGGAAGGCUGUGUGUUCGGUUUGGUGACCAGCCGGUCGUUCCCUGUCCUCCAAAGGAACUGUCCCCACAGCUGUGACCUGCACCUGGUAUUGCAGCAGGCCACACACAGCUACACACAGCACCUCCGAGAUAUACGCAGGAGGAGAGAAAUACACACAACGGGACAGAGAGAGACUCAGCGAGGGACACAGAGCGUCUGGGAUCACUGCAGAGAUAAGAUUCCUGAAGUGCUGAACACACCCACACACCGAUGUGAUUUGAAUUGGGAUAUGUGUCCUGUUGCAACAGAGGCCAGUCUGACUCCUGUCUGUAAAGGAGCCCUCCUGAGGAGCUUCUCAACCAACAGCGGACAACGCAACACUGAUCACAACCAUGUGAGUCUCACUCCCCUUGAGACCUGUGUUCCAUGUGAAGGUAUCGCUCGGAAUCCUUUGCAUAAAGGUCUGAUGAAGAGCCUCUCUUCUGUGACCAGCAGGGGGCAGGAGAGAGGAGACAGAAGGGAGGACGGUGUCAUGGAUGGGGAGGACGGUGUCAUGGAUGGGGAGGACGGUGUCAUGGAUGGGGAGGACGGUGUCAUGGAUGGGGAGGACGGUGUCAUGGAUGAUCAGCAGAAGACUCUUUCUAUGGGAAACCCAUCUUUGACUAGCAGUUCCAAAACCAAGGAAAAGAGGGUGAAUACCAAUGAGAGGAGGGAGAGGAGGAACUUCAGCCGUGAGGAGGAGAGUUAUCUGUGUCGCGGUAUAGAGCGGUUUGGUCCAUCCUGGAACUCCAUCCUUUGGGCCUAUCCGUUCCAGCCGGGACGCACCAACGUUGACCUGGCCAAGAAAUACAAACGCCUGCAGGCUAAAGCCCAGGGUAUGGAUUCAGACUCCAUGAGAUCCUAGAAGAACACAUUGUCUAUUGUACAUAAAUCACAGUCAGAUAUUUGAAAUACUCUAAUGUAAUAUUCAAUAAUAGUUUAAAUACUAUAAUUUAGUCCCCAGUUUGAAAUGAAUUACUAUGCUGUGCUACUGUAAAUAAAAUAAAAUGUUUUAUUUAAUUUAGUACUAUAUUUGAAAUAUGUUCAUUUCAUGGUCAUGGAGGAUUAAUGAAGGGUCCGUUCUGUAUUUCUCAACCUUGUUUUUUUACACAGCAGUAUUUUUCUGCCUAUUUGAAGUAGUUGGAAUGUUGUUUGGAAUAGAAAAGUUGAAAUUAUUUGUGUAAUGAUUUGCACUUGACGAUUUCAUAAUUUAUCUUGUUGAUUGUUAAUGUAUGGAUUGAGAUUGAAAUGGUUGUUCACUCCUCAUCCCCUGAAGUUGUUUGUAUUGAAUUAAACAGAAGGGUGUCUGUAUGCAGU